AUGGCUGAGAAAGACUACUACAGGCUGCUGGGCGUCAGCCAGAACGCCACCGAGGAGGACAUCAGGAAGGCCUACCGCCGACUGGCGUUGCGCUACCACCCAGACAAGAACCGAGCGCCGGGUGCAUCGGAGAAGUUCAAGGAGAUCACCGAGGCCUACACGGUGCUGCCGGGACAAGCAGACGCGCGAAGAGACUGCGAGAUCCGCCACGACCUUUGGCUGACAUUGGAUGAAGUCUUUCGAGGUUGCGUCAAGAAUAUGAAAGUGACCCGCAACGUCACUUCUUCCGAUGGCAGCUCGCAGUGCCGUGAGCAGAAGAUUCUGACCAUCAACGUCAAGCCGGGCUGGAAGGCGGGUACCAAGAUUCGAUUCGAACGCGAGGGAGAUCGCAUUCCCGGACGCGUGCCAGCCGACAUCGUGUUCGUGGUGCGUGACAAGCCGCACCAACUGUUCAAAAGGAACGGCGCCGACUUGCACUACGUGGCCGAGAUAAGCCUAACGGACUCCAUCUGCGGACUGAAUGUGAACGUUCCCACGCUCACGGGAGGCGUGAUACCGCUCAAAAUGAAAGGCCCCAUCUACCCGUCAGCGAUGAAACGCAUUCCCAACGAAGGUUUGCCCCACUCGAAGGAGCCGACCAAGCGCGGAGACCUCGUGGUCAGCUUCGAAAUCAUUUACCCUGACACGCCGAAGUAG